CUAUGCAUUAUGCACUUGAUAUAGUCGCAGCUGAAAAAGAAACCAGGCGAAAUCUUCACUACUAAAAAAGUGACUGAAAGUGAAAGAAAAGAGAUUCACGAUGUCGUAUGGUCAGCAACCAGGUUACGGUGCCCCACCCCCAGGGCAGCAGGGCUACGGAGCCCCUCCCCCAACCCAGUACAGACCCCCGGCACCAGGUCAGCCAGGGUAUGCUCCCCCAGGGGGGCAGCCUGGGUACGGCGCCCCAGGUGGUGGGUAUGGUGCUCCACCAGCAGGGCAAUAUGGGGCUCCAAGAGGGGCACAACCGGGCUAUGGGGCCCCACCGGCGGGGCAGCCGGGCUACGGUGCCCCACCCGCUAGCCAACCUGGGUACGGCGCCCCACCCCCUGGCCACGGCGCCCCACCCCCUGGACAGCAUGGGUACGCCCCCCCGCAAGCUGGGUACGGCCAGGCACCAACAGGUUACGGUGCGCCAGCUGGGGGCCCUCCACCAGGCAUGGACCCGACGGUCUACCAGUGGUUCCUGGCCGUCGACCAGGACAAGACUGGCAGCAUCACGGCCCAGGAACUCCAGCAAGCGCUAACCAAUAACAACUGGUCUCACUUCAACCCCGAGACGUGUAGAUUAAUGAUAGGAAUGUUUGACAGAGAUAAUAACGGCACGAUCAACGUGCAAGAGUUCGGCGCACUGUGGACGUAUAUUCAACAGUGGAGGGGGGUGUUUGAGCGCUAUGACAGGGACAGAUCGGGAAACAUCGACGCUGGAGAGCUGACGACAGCGUUGAACGAGAUGGGUUUCCGAGUCACCAUGCCCUUCGUCCAGUCUAUCAUCAUCCGGUACGAUCGGCAGUCCCGGCGCUCGAUCAAGUUUGACGACUUCAUCCAGAUCUGCGUGCUGCUGCGCUCGCUGACGGACGCCUUCAAGCAACGAGACACCAACCUAAACGGCAAAAUCCAGAUCAACUACGAAGAUUUCAUGAGCCUUGCGAUGUCCUAUAAACCAUAACACUUCGUUUCUUUGUUUAGCCCUUGUACGUUUGGUGUAGUUUAUUGCAAGUCAGUUGUGCAUGCCAAUGCACUUCAGCGGGAGUGCAUUGGAGGAUUCUUUGACUCACCAGCCAAGUGAUUUUUCCACAGACUUGACAGACCUGUUUACUUUGGUCUCAGUGUUUAUUGCUGACCCAAGAGUUUCCUCACAGCAUGGCCAAGCUUUCUGUCAAUACUCUUUGGCAGUUCUUGGAGUGUACAGUGGUUCGCCCCACAGUACAGCAAAAAAUAUUGGAGGGCUGUACAAAACAAAAAAAACCGGGGGAGUCACUUUGUUCAAAUACUGAAGUGAUUUAGAGGAUUAGGGUUAUUAAUAUAUCUUUACCUUCUUAUACAGUUUCAAUACGCAACUUUGCACCUUAAAUC